AUGGAAUUUGCUUUAGUUCGAGAUGGUGAAAUCGAAGAAGAUCCUGAACCUCAAACGAAAAGGCUGAAACAAGGAAACAGAACUAUUCGAUUUCGUGCUAUAAAACCCAAACCUCCUGGUUCUGUUCAGUUAUUGAAAUGUCAAUCGUGUAAUUUUAUAACAACUGAACAAGACCUUUUGUCUUGUCACAGAUUGGUAUGCAGUGCAAUGGCUUAUAAAUGUACAAUGUGCGAUAAAAAAUUUGAUAGUCAAAAAAUGAUCAGGAAUCAUAAAAUAGAAGCUCAUUUGACAAAGUGGAUAUGUCAUUUUUGUAACAUAAGUUUUAACGAAGAGAAAAAAUUUACAGUGCAUAUGAAAAAUCAUUUGGGAGAUAGAUUGAAUAGUAAAACGAUUAAAACAAAAGUCGAGGAAUGUAAAAAAGAAAAAGCUGUACUCACUUUUAAAUGUCCACAUUGCGCGGAAAGUUUUGAAGCUUUCAGUCAACUUCAAAUUCAUUUAGUCAAUCACACGAGUUCUGUUACCUUUAAGUGCGUGCGGUGCGAUAUUGGUUUUCAAAAUAAACUCGAAUUAAUAAAUCACAUAAGUGAUUUGCAAGAAGGACAGGGUAAAACGUUUGUUUGCGCGGAAUGUUCUUUUUCAACGUCCACGCUCGCCGCAUUAAAACAACAUUUCGUGUCGGCUCACGAAGCCUUCAAGUGUUGGAUAUGCAAGAAAAAUUUUCAAAUGGACGAGUUGAAAAAGCAUUUGGCGACGGAACACGGUGCCAAUGCUGUCACGCUCCAAUCUAAAAGCUACACCUGCGUGCAUUGCUCGGAAAAAUUCACAAACAGGAGAGCUUUACACUUGCACGAAAUCAAACACCCGGAAAAUUUGAACAUACAGUGUCCCGAUUGCGGUGAAAAAUUUGCAAGAGAUAAAUUUCUCAACGAACACAGGGAAGUCGCGCACACGGUCUCACAUUGCAGAGUGUGCAAUAAAGCAUUUGGAAACGUAAAACAAUUAAAAUCCCACGAGGCUCGUCACGCGAAAAGUGAUAAAACUCAAUUUAAGUGCACGGACUGCGAUAGAAUAUUUCAAACACCCACAGGAUUACGUCAUCACAAGGCCAUACACACGGGAGAAUUCAAAUACAAAUGCGAAUUUUGCGGAAAAGGAUUCGUGGCGAGAGUUCGAUACGAAGAACACAGAGCAUCACAUACUAAAGAAGAACGUUACUCGUGUGAAAUUUGCGGUAAAAAAUUUUCUUUUCAAGCCACUUAUUGGAUUCACAGAAAGUGGCACGACAAUCCCACUCCCUACAAGUGCGAAUAUUGCGGACGAUUGUUUAAACAUUCUUCUCUCCUGUCGGUUCACAAGAGAAAACACACCGGCGAACGACCCUACGAAUGCCCUCACUGCGAUCAAUCUUUCACCGUGGGAAACACUCUCAAACGUCACUUGAUGUUGCACACGGGAGUGUUUCCAUUCACAUGUCAAAUAUGCGAUCAAGGAUUUUCCGGAAAGCAUAAAAUGGCGUUGCACAUGAGUAAAGUUCACAACGACAAUUCUCUCCUGGGACAGCAAACGCAAAAAAAACCGACCGAGUACAAAAUGGUUGUCAAAGACACGAAAAAAUCGGAAGUCGAUGCGACGUUACAAAAUCAAACGUGGGUUUUGAAAGAAAACGACAACAGCGGAUCUCAGAUGUUGACCAUACAAACGGAAGAAGGGGAAAACAUUCCUUGCACUUUGCUCACGGACGACAUGAUUGGAAACAUUGUCAACACGAAUAAUAGAAUCGUUGAAAUAAUACCCUACGAUUCGAUAAAAGGAGAAGACGACGUGGACGACGAGGGAAACGAAGUCGGUUUCAUACUCAUGAAUCAAACGGAUGAAUCCGCACUCGGAAUUGUCAACAACAACGAAGAUGAAGAUUUCAAAGAUUCUUCCACUCAUGGAUAUAACGGAGAAUGUACCAAAGUGGAUAUCGACUCCGUGGAAGGUAUGGAUUCUGGAAAUUCUCAAUCUCAACCGUGUGACAGUUUCGUUAAAGUCGAACAUGUCGAUGUCAAAGAAGGAUCCAUGGAAUCCGUUGAAAACAUGAGCGAAGAAUUCGUUUCCGUAUUAUAG